AUGUCUACAGAGGUAGGGGUGUUUUUCUGCAUUUUGAAUUUUAUACAUGGGCAAGCCAUACUGGUCAUAGCCUCUGGGGGUGCUAUACUGGAUCAAUUUCUUACAUACAGCAGGUACUACAAACUGAGCAGCUGCAUGGAAAUUACCAUUUGGGGAAGGCUUCAAAAUAGUCACUUUGAGGGUGAAAAGGGAUGCAACCAUGUGCACAGAGGCAUUUGUGGCAGAAAGGGCUUGUUGCACCAAUCAGAGCAGCCUGGCGUUGUCCGCACGGAUGCACCUCCGAACAGCAUCUGGGCGCUUAUCUGUGUCUAUGUGCAAGAGAAAGCCAGUGGAUAA